UCGGUGGCCAGGGCCAAAGACACAGCUCACGGGUUUCAAGAAUUAGCAGCCAUGCACAGUCGCUGUCUGCUUCAACACCCACCUCAGAAAAAUAAAUUUUUUCCUUAUUUUUUAAAUUGCUAAAAUACCCUUCAUCACCUUGAGACGACAAUUUAGCCCAAAGUUGUGGAGCUGGAUGAGAUGUGAAGAAAUUGUAAGAUAACAUCACAGCUGAAUUGCUCUCCCUCCAUCUCAGUUUCAAUUUCACCUCUGUUUUCUCUCUGGGUUUUGGGAAUUUUUUAUCACCAAAGACCCGGUUUUUAUGGUCAGUCCAGGAUCUAAGCCUCAUCACUGCGCACUUCACCCGUCUCUUUUGUGAUCUAAAGCCUCAUCUGUCUCCUCCAACCCAAGCUUUCUCGGAGAUUUGAGAUGGGUUUUCCCGGGAAAGGCCAUUAGUGGAGGUUGGGGUUCAAGCUUGAAAUGUUAGAGUUCAAAGAUCUGCAAUGGAAACAAGGCUUGCUGUAGCAUUCUUUCUCGCUACUGUGUCGGUUGUUUUCAGUGCUACAGACCCAAAUGACCUUGCAAUUCUCAAGCAAUUCAGAGAAGGGCUUGAAAAUCCCGAGCUCUUGGAAUGGCCGGCCGCCGGGGACGACCCUUGUGGCCCUCCGAGCUGGAAACAUGUCUUCUGCGUCGGCAACAGAGUGUCCCAAAUCCAAGUCCAGAAAGUCGGCCUGAAAGGCCCUCUUCCGAAGAGCCUCAAUCAGUUAACCAAGCUCUCCAAUUUGGGGCUCCAGAAGAACCAGUUCACCGGAAUGAUGCCAUCUCUAAGUGGGUUGUCGGAACUAGAAUACGCCUUUCUGGAUUACAACAAUUUCGACUCCAUUCCGCCGGAUUUCUUCGACGGGCUUGUUAAUUUGCAGAUUCUGGCAUUGGAUUCCAACCCUCUUAAUGCUUCCACCGGCUGGUCACUGCCAAAUCAGCUGCAAGAUUCAGCUCAACUGAACUCUCUUUCCUUGAUGAACUGUAACUUGGCCGGUCCAUUGCCAGAUUUUCUAGGUAAUAUGUCUUCUCUGACUAGUUUGAAACUUUCUUUCAAUCGGAUUUCUGGGGGUAUUCCGGGAAGCUUUAGCAACUCCAUGGUGCAGACUUUGUGGUUGAACGAACAGUCUGGUGGGGGGAUGACUGGCCCAAUUGAUGUAGUUGCUUCAGUCGCGUCCCUCACUAGCCUGUGGCUCCAUGGCAACAAAUUUUCAGGUAAAAUCCCUCAGGCCAUUGGUGAUUUGACUUCUUUGAAGGAUUUCAAUGUGAAUAGCAAUGAUCUUGUUGGCUUGUUACCUGAUAGCUUGGCUGAUAUGGUAUUAAGCAAUUUAGAUUUGAACAAUAAUCAGUUUAUGGGUCCUGUUCCCAAUUUCAAAGCUGUUAAUUACUCUUACAGUUCAAACAAUUUUUGUCAAUCGGAUGUUGGAGUUCCUUGUGCCCCGGAAGUUAUGGCACUGUUAGAAUUCCUCGACGCCGUGAAUUACCCGGCGAGGCUUGUUUCUUCGUGGUCCGGUAAUGAUCCUUGUAAUGGACAAUGGUUGGGGGUGAGUUGUGAUGCCAAUCAGAAGGUUAAUAUUAUAAACAUGGUCAAGUAUAACCUUACCGGCGCCUUGAGUCCUUCAAUUGCCAACCUAGACUCCCUUACUCAAAUUAAACUUGCAUCGAAUCACCUUAUUGGUCCAAUUCCGGCCAAUUGGACUAGCUUGAAAUCCUUGAUCCUGUUGGAUGCAAGUGGCAACAACCUUUCUGCUCCAUUGCCCAACUUCAGGGGCUCGGUUAAACUUGUCUUGGAUAAUAAUCCUUUACUGAAUUCUAAUAAGCCCGAGCCAAUCCCUUCACCGGGAAAGAACCCGCCAGCUGGGGGUUCACAAUCCCCUCCUAACAGCCAAUAUUCACCAUCCGCGGGGACAACUACUAAUCACACCCAUCCUAAGAAACCAACUGAAGAGGAAAGGUCGUCCAAGAAGUCUAAAUUAUUCGUUUUUUUGGCCCCAGUUGCGAUUUUGGCAUUGCUGGUCGUUUUCGUGGUUCCCCUCUUUGUUUACUGUUUCAAGAAGAGAAAGGACACCUUCCGGCAUCCAACUUCUCUUGUUAUUCACCCUAGAGACCCCUUUGAUUCGGACAAUGUUGUUAAGAUUGCAAUUGCAAAUAACAACGUUGGAAAUGUUUCUACGGUAACUGGAAGUGGGUCUGGGAGCAGACACAGUAGUGGAAUGGGUGAUUCACAUAUCAUUGAGGCUGGUAACUUGGUCAUAUCAGUUCAAGUUCUUCGGAAUGUGACUAAAAAUUUUGCUCCAGAAAAUGAGCUGGGCCGUGGCGGUUUUGGAGUCGUUUAUAAGGGAGAGUUGGAUGAUGGAACAAAAAUAGCAGUGAAACGAAUGGAAGGUGGUGUGCUUAGUAGCAAAGCUUUGGGUGAAUUUGAAGCUGAAAUUGCUGUUCUUUCAAAGGUUCGUCACCGUCAUCUGGUAUCUCUCCUCGGAUAUUCUACCGAAGGCAAUGAAAGAAUUUUAGUGUACGAGUAUAUACCUCAAGGAGCCCUCAGCAAGCACCUCUUCCACUGGAAGAGCUCGAAAUUAGAACCUCUGUCUUGGAAAAGAAGGCUAAAUAUUGCCUUGGAUGUGGCUAGGGGUAUGGAGUAUCUUCAUAGUCUGGCUCACCAGAGCUUCAUACACAGAGAUCUUAAAUCUUCAAAUAUUUUACUUGGUGAUGAUUUCAGAGCCAAAGUUUCAGAUUUUGGAUUGGUGAAACUCGCUCCUGACGGGGAGAAGUCUGUAGUAACCAGGCUUGCUGGCACUUUUGGAUAUCUGGCACCAGAGUAUGCCGUUAUGGGUAAAAUUACAACCAAAUCUGAUGUCUUCAGUUUCGGUGUCGUGUUAAUGGAGCUGUUAACCGGUCUGAUGGCACUUGAUGAGGACAGACCUGAGGAAAGCCAGUACCUGGCGGCAUGGUUCUGGAAAAUCAAAUCAAGUAAAGAGAAGCUUAUGGCUGCCGUGGAUCCAGCCCUCGACAUCAAAGAAGAAACAUUUGAGAGCAUCUCUAUCAUUGCAGAACUUGCAGGCCACUGCACUGCAAGGGAACCAAACCAACGCCCUGAUAUGGGCCAUGCCGUGAAUGUCCUAUCCCCUCUUGUUGAGAAAUGGAAACCGAUAGACGAUGAUACUGAGGAGUACUGCGGUAUUGAUUACAGUCUUCCCCUUAACCAAAUGGUGAAGGGGUGGCAAGAAGCCGAAGGAAAGGACUCCAGUUACUUGGACCUAGAGGACAGCAAGAGUAGCAUACCAUCAAGGCCUACUGGAUUCGCCGACUCCUUCACCUCAGCUGAUGGCAGAUGAAAAGAGGUGCUCUUCUUCUUUCAAUGUGACACGUUUGUUCGGUAGGCGAGCAGCAUUUUUAUUACAGU